AAUGGUAAAUGGGAUGUGACAAGACAACAAGAGCGGAGAAUUACAGCGAGAUGUGAUUUUUAUGUUUUGAUUCAUAAAUAAACUUGAGAUUAGUGCAAAUAGUAAUAUAAGUGGAACCUGUUAUGUGUUAUCAUAUAAUGUUUUUGUGAAAAAGUGCUUAGUAUUAACUAAAUAAUAGUAUUUCAUAAGAGGACUUCGAUUUUUGCUCCAGUUUAGCUUGUAAUUCUUUACAAGUGUUUGUUGAUAGCCUAUUUUAAACGAUACAUUUAGUUCCUUUCUAAAUUCGAACGAACUAUCGAAAAUGGGAGAAAAAGAGGAUUAUUUGACGUCGUACCGUGUGUUUUUCGAAAAUUUUGCCGCUACUGUAAACCCGGAGGACCAGUUGCCUGUGAACAUAGCUGGGUACACGAUCACCGAGGCUGAACUAGCCGGCGAAGUUCUGUACUGGACAACUCAGUACUUGAGUGAAAAACAAUGUCCGGCGACACUGAUGACGCCGCUGCGCCGGAUCAUACUUGACGAGGUGCAAGUCGCAUCUAAGAAGCAGCCCAAUGAGUUUGGGUACAAAUCUGACGACUCAGUGUAUAUAGCCCUCCGCCUGAUGCAGGCAGUAACAGCCCGUGUGAACGACGUCUGCCUCCGGUACCUGGACAACUCCCGGUUGGACACGCUGCCACCACCGCCGCCGCCAGAUCAGCGCGACCUCAAGACAGUGUCCUGUGCCACUAAGAACUCGCGAAGAGUUAUGGAAGACAGACAUGUGGAGAUUGGGAACUUAGAGGCUCUAUUUGGUAUUGAGACAACAGAGCCGACAAGUUUCUACGCGGUGUACGACGGUCACGCGGGCUCGGCGGCGGCCACGUACUGCGCCGCGCACCUGCACCAGUACCUGGUGGAGAGUCCGCACUACCGCUCCGACCUGCGCCGCGCCAUGCGGGACGCCUUCCUCAGGACCGACGCCGACUUCAUCAGGAAGAGCAAUCAGGAGCGAGCAUGCGGCGGCAGCACGGCGGUGGCGGUGGCGCUGCGCGGGCGGCGGCUGCUGGCGGCGUGGGCGGGGGACUCGCUGGCGCUGCUGGCCAAGCGCAUGCGCCUCAUGCAGCUCGUGCGCCCGCACAAGCCCGACCGACAGGACGAAAGAGACAGAAUAGAGUCUUCAGGUGGCGCAGUGAUGUACUGGGGCACGUGGCGAGUUAACGGACAACUGGCUGUCUCGCGAGCUAUUGGUGAUGCACAAUACAAACCAUACGUGACGGCGCGUCCUGAAAUCGUGACCGUCGAAAUGGAUGGAGACGAGGACUUCGUGGUGGUGGCGUGUGACGGACUGUGGGACUUUGUCAGUGAAGACGAUGUUGCGUUGGCUGUCUACAGACAAGUGGCGGCGGAUCCCGAUGACUUGAAGGCGGUGACAAAGCGUCUGAUCGUGCAGGCAAAGAGGCAGGGUUCCGCGGACAACAUCUCCAUAAUCGUGGUGUUCCUGAAGGACCCGCGUGACAUAGCCGCUGACAAUCGCCCGCCCAUGGAUCUUGGGCUGGACAACGCGAUGAUGAACGCUCCGCCGUUCACCAUCGAAACGGAGGCGUGCAGGCGGCAGGAGGACGCAGCCGCGGCCGCUGCAGGCGCCGAGGCCGAGGACUGCGCGGAGGCUGAGGCGGAGGCCGAAGUCGGCAACGGUGUGGACAACUCUGACAGCGAUAGCGAGGACCUCGGCCCCGAGACCGCCGUCGACGUCGAUGCUGAUGACGUCGACGCGGAUGCGAGGAGCCAGGAGCCACAGCCACCUACUCCACCGGCACAUGCUGUGGAGGUGGGCCACGUCGACGGUUCUGUGGCGGAUAAUGUAGCUGAGAGCGGCGAAGACUCCGAAGACGAGUGGAACUAUUACAAAGGCGAGGGCGAGCGCGAGGAACACAAUCCUAGCGAGGAGCCCGACGAGCUUCCGCGCUCAGAGACGCCCUGCCAGGAUAAUUCGGCUUGGGAAAGCAGCUCAGUAGACAUGAACAGCUCACCGCUGAACCCCGAUGCCCCGGUGUUCAUCCCCGGGGGUGUGGCCGGUGCAGAUGUUCUGCUCGCAGAAUCUCCACGCAAACCGAUGCCGAUGGACGACAUAGAACUACCUGAUGAGGCACAGUUUGACACGGGAGCCGUUGUAAGGCCCGCAGAGUUACUAGACUUGGAUAACUGUGAUCAGCUUAAUGGCCAUCAUAAUGUAUCACUAGACGAAGCUGUUAAAGAGCACUUGAAUGGGAAUGAUAAGUGUAACAUGGACAGUUUGGGCUUUGGAUUCAAUGUUGGCAUUGAACCUGACAAAGUCAAGGAUAGUGGCCUCAUACAGGACUUCGAGAGAAUACAGAAAGAUACCACAGACUUUUGUAAUAUUCAGGUAUUCCAGACACACGCAGAGACUAAUCCUUUCGCUGUGGAAGGUAAUGACGAACUAUUUGAAAGGCUCAAAAAUAAGGAAAGAGAUCCAAUGAGUAUGAGCUUUUACCAAGAGAAAGAUGAUGACACGUGUGAGAGACUUGCUAAACACGAACCACACGUGGACCUCAACGCCGUUCAGCCAUUACCCGACAGCGAUGAUGAGGACAUACAGCUAAAUGGCGUCUCUGAAAAUAUUCAUGAAAAUGAAAAAGAAAACAUUAGUCCAGAACAACACACAGACUUGUUUGGAUCAGAGAGAGAUCUUCAAGAACCAAACAAUGACAUCAUUAGGUUUGAUGACAGGCCUGGUGUCCUCGCACAAAAUCUUGAUCAUUUCGAACAAGGAGAUAACUUCGUAGAUUAUAAUGUUAGCAGUACCAACAACAUUGAAAGUUAUACAAAUAUUGAAUUUGAAUCAAGCAACAUCAACCAAGAAACUGUAAUGCAAACAGACACCCCUGAAUCUCAUAAGUUACUAUUUGAACAAAUUCCUGAAAUACCUGAUGGCAAGAGUUCUGAAUUAGGUUUUACAAAUGAUGAAGGGCAAGACCCUUCAGAGAGUGAGAAAGAUGUGAGACCUUUCACUCCUCAAGAUGAAACAUCUCAAGACAUAGAAAUGGAAAGUAAAUUAGAAGAUUCACCAAGCAAUGAAAUAGCGCCCCAGUUGAUAGUUGAUGACGUUAAAGAUGAAGAACAAAUGGAAUCUCAUGAAAUGCUUGAAUCUGAUCAAGUUCCCUCUCCUCUGCCUACAGACGUGCAACAGGCAAUUUCAACUGAACAGUUGUCAGUAUCUCCUUCACCUCUUCAGGGAACAAAAUUGGAAGAAACCACAACACCGGAACCCGAACUAGUUGAUGAAGGUAUUGCGGUAGAAAAAGAAGACAGUCAACCAACUUCAGAAUCACAAGAUGAGAAUGUGGAAUCACAAGAUGAACAAGUGGACAUUGGUGUCAAGUCUGUAAGUGAUAUCACUGAGAAUAUAGAGGCAGUGGUAGCUGAAAUCGAUUCAGUACUUGAGGCACCCGAAAUUAAAUUUGACGCCGAAGAGCUGACUAAUGAGAUUUCCAAUAUUGUUGCGGAAGAAUUGGCAGCCGAGUCUCCUCUGCCGGCCAAGUCUCCUCUACCAGUGGACACUCUACUGCCCAGUGAGUCGCCAUUACCGACCGAGUCUCCACUUCCUACCGAGUCUCCACUUCCUACCGAAUCUCCUUUGCCUAGCGAAUCACAUUUGCCAAAAGAGGAGGAAUUAGUUCGGGACUCACCGCUACCAACAGAGUCCCUUCCAACAGAAUCUAUACCAGAAGAUACACUUUUGCAGGCUGAGACGAUACAAAUGAGAGAGUCACCGCUACUGACUGAUGAUAUUCCUUCAAAAGUUUCUCCAUUCCCGACUGAAACUGACGUUCCAACAGAGUCCCCACUUCCUAUCGAGUCUGAAGUGCCAAAAGAAUCCCCACUGCCAAUUGAGUCGGAACAGCUAGGGGAGUCUCCAUUGCCGCUAGCAGAUACUCUACAGCCUGCUGAAUCACAGUUUCUGGCAAGAUCUCCACUUCCUCAAGAAUCAGACUUGUUGCGUGAGUCCCCAUUACCGGCCAAAUCUCCACUGCCUACUGAGACUUUGUUGAAUAGCGAGUCUCAAGUGCCGAGCCAGUCGCCGUUGCCAGUGCAAUCUCCGAUUCCUACGGAGUCGUCCCCGUUGCCAGUCGAAGCAGAACAGCCAAAACCGAUCGAACCCGAACACUCGCUAGAAACCACCGCAGAUUCUGUGCUGGCGGUAAGCGAGCCGGCCGAGUCCCCUCUGCCAGCGGAUGUACCGCUGCCGCGCGAGUCGCCGCUGCCGCUGGAGUCCCCCGUGCCCGCCGCCCCGCUGGCCGCCUCGCCCGCCCCCGCGCCCGCGCCCGCCCCCGCGCCCGCCCCCGAGCCCGCCGCCGAGCUCGCCUCCGCGCCGCCUGCGGAGCUACAGGAGCGCCUCGCCUCCCCCGAGCCCGAGGCCCGCGUGCCCACGCCGCUCGCCGCCGCGCCCGCACCCGACCUACUGUCCGACCAGCCUGCGCCGCACUCGCGGGUCGAACUCGUCACCGAUGUCGACAUUGGUAUCCCAGAAUCGAGAGCUCAAGAAAUCUGCGUUCCUGUCACCAGUGAAAUUCAGUUAGAAGAGGCCGUUCAGCCGCCCGCCGCCGCUACCCCGCCUCCCACCCCUGCUGUGGAGCCUCCUGCACCCGCCGUGGACGCCGCGCCUCUCAAUGACACGCCCAUCGCCGCCGACGCUACAGUCGCGGCCGCCGCCGUCGUCGCUGCGGGAGCUGCAGUCGCCGCGGGGGUAGCCGCAGCCAAGGCUAAACCUUCCGUCACAAAGAAAUCACCGACUACCCCGACCGCCAAGUCCGACUCACGGACGCCGAGAGCUGCACCCAAAUCUGCUACAGCCGCACGCACGCCCACUUCCACAACUCCGGCCCCUAUCAAGAGGCCGAGCACCGCCUCGGCCGCGGCUCGCACGCCUACAAGCAAGGCGCCUACCCCCGCCGCCAAGGUGCCGUCGGCGACCAAGGCCACCCCGGCGGCCAAGCCCGCCACGCCCGGAGCGCGCGCCCCCGCGCCCGCCCGCAGCAGCGCGCCCGCCGCCAAGCCGACCCCCCCGGCCAAGGCGCCCGUGGCCGCGCGCUCGUCGCUCGCCGCCAAGCCCGCGGCGCCCAAGCCCGCGCCGGCUGUCGCCCGCGCCGCGCCCGCCACGCGCGCUGCGCCCGCGCCCCGGCCCGCCGCCGCGCGCCCCACGGCCCUGCGCUCGGAGCCGGCCGCCAAGCCCGCGGCCAAGCCUGCGCCGCGCCCCGCCGCGCCGGCCGCGCGCCCUCAGCCCAAGCCAGCUGACAGGAAGCCGCUAGCCAACGGCGACGCUAAGGACAGCAAGCCUGCCGCGCGGCCCGCCACCCGGCCGACGCCCGCCGCCGCUCGGCCCGCGCCCCCGGCCUCAGCGCGCCCAGCGCCGCGCCCCACGCCGCGCGCCCCCGCCGCUCCCGCUGCUCCCGCCUCCAGGCCGAGCGCACCGAAGCCUGCACCGCGCGCCCCAUUAGACAAACAGAGUAAGGACCUCGCUAAUAAACGCAUCACCGCAAAGGCUGCACCGCCCCGGACCGUUCCCCCUAAGACGGCCACUGGCCUGAAGAAGGCCGUGCCCAAGAAGAAUGUGGAUGUGAAGAAGGAGGUGGUGUCUAACGGGCUGUCGAACGGCGCGGCGCUGGGCAAGGCGCCGCCGAGCCCGCCGGCCGAGGGCGCGCUGCUGCCGGACGUCAUCGCGUAGGCGCCGCUCAUGAUUCCUAUUAUUUCCGCUUGAAUUUUGUGAUUUUCUAUAAGUGUAUGAUAGUUUUAACGUCGCUCGUGGCGGCGAGUCGUUAGGUGCGGGACUCUGCUCCCACUUUUAUAUUAUAGAGUCGCUUUUUAUAGACUUGUAUGUUGCAGGUUCGUGG